AUGGCACGACAAAACCAGACCCUGGGCUGGAUCUGGCCCAAAGAUCCCCGACCAGGAAAUCCAUCGAGCUGGCCACGCCGCUGGCGCCUCCGCGAUGUCCUCACGAACAAAGGCCCAGACAUAUACGUCGGUGUCAUUGGCCAGAAGACCAAAUCCCCAUCGUCUGCAUCCACAUCUAGAUCCUCAUCUGUAGCGAGAGGACUCACACCCUCAACUACGCCCUCAAGCACGCCCUCAGCCCGGACCAGACGAUCUCAUAGAACAAAUUGGGAUCGCUGGGACCACGAGCCCACGCCAUUCGAGUCUAUCAGCAAUGCAAACUCCGCAGCCUGGGGCCCCAGUGCAGGUUCUACCUCUGGCUCUGCAGGUUCUUCUACUGCUCCCGUUGCCGCUCCCGUUUCUAUCUCGAACAGGAGUUCCAGAUCCAAAUCAAAGCCCAAGAUCGAAUUGCCCUGGGCCCGUCGGGGAGACGGGGAGAGAUACGAUUACCGUCAACGCAAGUAUACCGUUCCCGACAUGGGGACGUGGAGUCGAGUGGAGUACUGUGCGGGGCGGGGGGAAGGGUCCGAGAAACAUUAUGUGCCGAGGCGGUAUUGGGAUCGGAAUGGCAACGAGUAUCCGGCCAAUUACUGGCAUGAUAUUAUCUAUGGAGAACAUGAUGAUCAUGAUGUUGGAGAUGAGGAGUCAAAUGGAAGUACGAGUACAUGGUGA